CUCAUCAUGUCGACCAACGGGUACCUCGUGCCGCCAAGCAAAGACCCCUCGAAGGAGGAGCUGUGGAAUGAGACGUGGAAGAGGAUUGACCGGUUCCUGCCGAAUCUGAGGGCGGAUCUCGCACUGGAGGAGGAGGAGCCUGUGGUAGAGGCAACGGCGACGGCUACAGCACCGGCGGAAGAAGCAGGGGGUACGGCAGUACCAGCGGAGGCACCAUGAAACGGUGUGUAAUUGUGCUCUGAGCAUGUCUAUCUAUCCGCUCAGGGCAGCACUUGCUAUAAACUUGGCUGGGAUGGAUAUUCCCGGACCAUCAAGCGCGCCAGAGCCGAAUAGGAUUAUCGGUUCAGAUGUGUACAC